UAGUCGUGGACGUCGAGUCGUUCUUCACGCUCGAGCCUCGACCACCAAUGGACAACCUGUUGCAAGACUCCAGUGCAGCCACUCCCCAAUCACCCUGCUGGCAGCAUGUAUCACAACAACGGUUAAAUGUGGACCCCUUACGUCAGCACCAGACACCACAGGAUCAGCUCGGAGGGGACAACCUCCUGCAGGGACUGUGGGGAGACUCGAGAACCACCUGCCGGGGACUUAUUCUCGACCUCACCUCCAGCAGCAACACCUCUCACCUCGCCCUCAGGUUGGUAGAAAUGUCUGGACUGUGGCGGCGGCCGGAGACGGUGGUGAUAGCUAUAGGUGGGAGGGCGGGGGUGAGGUCCCUGCUCCUCCACCACAGUCUCCGCAACACUGUCCACGCCCUCUACCUCGCCCUCCACCACGACCUCAACCUCGCUCUCCAAAACGGCACCUACUCCCCUCUACAAUUCAAUUAUUUAAGCCUCUGGAAGCCCCUCGUCCAGUUAGUUUACUUCAGUAAUGAACAAUACUCUGGAUCUAUGUAUACUUAG